AUGGAACAGCUCACCUCUUCUCUCGCACCUCCUCGCUCGGCUCCCAAGUCUAAUGUCGCCUCCUCCAGCCAACAAGUGGCAGGUAGUGUAGCCAAAAGGCUUAGCAGUGAAUUAAUGACUCUCAUGAUGUCGUCGUCUCCGGGCAUUUCUGCGUUUCCCAAGCACGACGGAAAUCUCUUUGAGUGGGUCGGAACCAUUGAGGGACCAUCGGAAACAAUUUAUGCUGGCCUCAGUUUUAAGAUUUCCAUCUCUUUCCCUCCCAACUACCCAUAUGUGGCACCGACCAUCAAAUUUGAUACUCCUUGCUAUCAUCCGAAUGUCGACAUCACCGGCGGGGCGAUUUGUCUCGAUAUCCUUCAGGAUAAAUGGUCUGCUGUCUAUAGUGUGCAGACCAUACUCAUUUCAUUGCAAUCCUUGCUCGGAGAACCAAACAAUGCCUCUCCUCUCAACCCUGAUGCGGCAUCUCUUUGGGGCAAUCCCACUGCCUACAAAGCUCAGCUUAUGAAAUAUUACCGCCCCAUCACCGAUUCCGCCUAG